AUGUGCACUGUAGCCUGCGCAGGUCCACGGGCGGGCACGAACAGCCGGCCCAUGAGAGCCGAGCCCGAAUUCCCGCUGCGCCACCAGUCCCGCGUCCUCAUCGUGGCCAACACGCACCUGUUCUACCACCCCGGUGCGCCGCACGUCCGGCUGCUCCAGGUGGCCUGCCUGCUGGCCCACUGCGAGCAGCUGAUGGAGGAGCACGCCGCCGAGGCGCCAGCAGUGCUCCUCUGCGGCGACUACAACAUGGG